CACUCGCACACAGCACAGACACACACAAAAGUGUGGGCUGAAAAGAGAGAGAACGGAGAGAAAAGUUCGUUUGUAGACGUUAUCGGACUCCAAAUCCACAUUCAGCCGGAUUUUGGGAACCCGGUUCAUGUCCGGUCUAGGGUUUUGAAAUUCUGUGGAAAAUCUCAAGAGCGUUAAUUAACGGAUUUGAAAAUUACACGGAUUCUUUGGAAUUUGUGAACUGCCAAUUCUCGUAUAUUUUUCUAUGUAAUAUUUGCUUCUUGACUGUUCUAACUUGGAGUUUUUUUUUUGGUGGUUGUGGUAUUGAAUUUCAAGAUAUUAGGGGUUUUUAGGUUUCUUAUGAGGUUGAAUUUGGGAUCUUCAGAUUUGGGGAUAGUUGAUAGGCAAUUGUGGAGCGUCUCGUGAUGUUUACACCGCAAAGGAAAGUGUGGUCAGGCUGGUCGCCCAUGCCACGGAGCGAGAACCAGAAGAGUGGAGUCGGGUCGGAUCCGAAUACGAAUGCUAACGGCCCAAGUGUCCUGAAUUCUGGCGAUGGGAGUGUUUUGAAAGGGAAGAGUGUGGCUUUUCCUGAGCCGGUGACACCCAAUGGCGUGGGUUUUGCCUUGAAUGAUGAUGAUGGAUUGGCACUGAAGAUUUCCAAGCUCGAAAAAGAGCUGUUUGACUAUCAGUAUAAUAUGGGACUUCUGUUGAUUGAGAAGAAGGAGUGGGGUUCUAAGUUUGAAGAACUCAAGCAAGCAAUUUCAGAAGCUACAGAAUCAUUGAAACGAGAACAAGCAGCACAUUUGAUUGCAAUCUCUGAUGCUGAGAGGCGAGAAGAGAAUUUGAGGAAGGCCUUGGGUGUUGAGAAACAGUGUGUGCUUGAUUUGGAGAAAGCAGUGUGUGAGAUGCGUGCGGAAAAUGCAGAACUUAAAUUUACAGCCGAUUCAAAAUUGGCUGAAGCAAAUGCUUUGAUCACUAGUGUUGAAGAGAAAUCUCUAGAAGUCGAGGCAAAAUUGCGUGCUGUUGAUGCUCGUCUUGCUGAAGUUAGUAGAAAGAGUUCGGAGAUUGAUAGGAAAUCACAGGAGGUGGAAUCCCGAGAAAGUGCUCUUCGAAGGGAGCGCUUGUCCUUCAUCACAGAGAGAGAGGCACAUGAGUCUGCUUUCUCUAGGCAAAGAGAGGACUUGCGAGAAUGGGAAAGAAAAUUACAAGAGGGGGAAGAGAGGCUAUCCAAAGGUCAAAGAAUUAUCAACCAAAGAGAGGAGAGGGCAAAUGAGAAUGAUAGGAUCUUUAAGCAAAAGGAGAAGGACCUUGAAGAGGCUCAGAAGAAGAUUGAUGAAGCAAACUCAACCUUGAAAAGGAAAGAAAAUGAAAUGAGCAGCAGGCUGGCUAAUCUAACUCUAAAAGAAAAGGAAUUCGAUGCUACUAGAAAGAAAUUAGAGGUGAAAGAGGAAGAGUUGUGCAAAUUAGAAGAAAAGCUAAAUGAUAGAGAAAAAGUUGAGAUUCAGAAGCUCAUUGAUGAGCAUAAUGCAAUUUUAGAUGAAAAAAAGCGUGAAUUUGAGUUAGAAGCUGACCAAAAGAGGAAAUCUCUGGAUGAGGAACUGAAAAGCAAGAUGGUUGAAGUGGAGAAGAAGGAAGCUGAAAUCAAACACAUGGAGGAGAAAAUUCUAAAAAGAGAGCAAGCACUGGAUAAAAGAUUGGACAAGCUUAAGGAAAAAGAGAGAGACUUUGAGUUGAAAUCAAAAGUUCUAAAGGAAAGGGAGAAGACUAUCAGAUCUGAGGAAAAGAAAUUGGAGACAGAGAGAAGGGAACUGAGUUCUGAUAAAGAAAAUUUUCUGAAUCUCAAGACUGAACUUGAGAAGAUAAGAGCUGCCAAUGAAGAACAGCUACUGAAGAUUCAUGAGGAGAAGGAACGGCUCAAAGUAAAUGAAGAAGAGAGGGCUGAGCAUGUUCGCUUGCAAUCCGAACUAAAGGAAGAGAUAAAAAAGUGCAGGCUUCAGGAGGAGCUGCUCUUGAAGGAGGUCGAAGAUUUGAAGCAGCAAAAAGAGAAUUUUGAGAGAGAAUGGGAUGAUCUGGAUGAGAAAAGGGUUAUGAUUGAGAAAGAGCUCAGGAGCAUCAGUGAGCAGAAGGAUAAAUUUGAAAAGCAGAAAGCCUCAGAAGAAGAAAGAAUAAAAAAUGAAAAACAGGCAGUGGAAGACACUGUAAAAAGGGAGCUGGAAGCUCUUGAAAUUGCCAAAGAAUCUUUUGAGGUGAAAAUGGAACACGAACGUUCUGCUAUAGCUGAGAAAUCUCAAAGUGAGAGAAAGCAAAUGCUGCAUGAGUUUGAGCUUCAGAAGAGUCAACUUGAGAGUGAUUUGCAGAAAAGACGAGAGGAGAUGGAAAAAAUUUUGCAUGAGAAGAGCAAAUUGUUCGAAGAAGAGAAGGAGAGAGAACUAAACAACAUUAACUUCUUAAGAGAUCUAGCUAGAAGAGAAAUGGAAGAAAUGAAAUUGGAAAGGCUUACAUUAGAAAAAGAAAGACAAGAAAUUGUAGCAAAUAAAAAGCAUCUUCAAGAGCAACAACUUGAAAUGCGAGAAGAUAUUGAUAAGCUUGGUGAUCUUAGCAGGAAAUUGAAAGAUCAUAGAGAACAGUUUAUUAAAGAGAAAGAGCGCUUCAUUUUAUUUGUUGAGCAACACAAGAAUUGUAAGAACUGUGGUGAAAUAACUUCUGAGUUUGUGCUUUCUGAUUUAAUAUCUUCUAAAGAAAUUGAGAAUGAAGAGAUCCUUCCCAAGCAACAAUUAGUUAAUAAUGACUCGACAGCAGAUGAUAAUCAAAAUCUUGAGGUUGAUGCAAGGCAAGAUAUUGAUAUAUCCCCAAAUGCAGUUCACUCAGUAUCUCCAGUUUCUUGGCUCCGGAAAUGUACAUCAAAGAUUUUUAGCUUUUCCCCUGGUAAAAAGAUUGAGUCUGCUGCUAUACGAAAUCUGACUGAGGGGAUGUCUCUGCCUGCUGAGAACAUGGAAGAAGAAUCAAAAAGAUUAGAAUCCACAGCAAAUGAACAAGACUUAUCUUUUGCGAUUGAAAAUACUACAUUGGAUGUCCAGAGGAUUGAGUCUGAUUCUAACAUCAGAGAGGCUCAAGGUACCCAGGAUUUGUCAGUUGAUGACCAGAGCAAUAUUAACAGUGAGGCACCGGAUGUUCAGGAAGUCUCUCAGGCUUCUGAUUUAAAGCGAGGCCGCCAGGCUCAUAAGAGAGGCAGGCCUAGAAUUAGUAGAACACGCUCAGUGAAGGCAGUUGUGCAAGAUGCGAAGGCUAUACUUGGUGAAUCUUUUGAGCCAAAUGAGACUGAAGAUUCUAGCCAUCUGAAAGCUGAAAGCCGCGACGAGUCUAGUCUCAUGGAUAAAGGAAUUCCAAGAAAUGCCCGGAAACGUAACCGUAAUCCAACAUCCCAAAACACAGUAAGCGAGCAUGAUGGUGAUGACAGUGAGGGCCGCUCAGAUAGUGUCACAGCUGGGAAGCGAAGGAAGAGGCAAGAAAAAGUUGCCACUGUGCAAGCUCCAGGCAAAAAGCGGUAUAACCUUCGACGGCCUAAACGCGGAGUCACAGUUGUAACUGAUAAAGCCUUAUCAGAGAUCAAUGGCGGAAAUAAGGAAGAUGAUGGUGUCAAGGAUCCAACUUCAAUCGGGAUUGCUAGUGAGAAUGGUGGAAGCGCACACUUUGUACAGAUGGAGAAGGUCUCAGACAAUCAGGAUGAUGAUACGACCAGAAACUUGGUUGGCAAUGCUGCACUAAGUGAGGAGGUAAAUGGCACUCCUGAAGGGGGUAGGGAGUAUGACGUGACAGACAAGCAUUGGAGCGAGUCACGUAGAGAAGAUGAUGGUGAUGAGGAUGAUGAUGAUGAUGAUGAAGACGAGUCUCAGCAUCCCGGUGAAGUUUCAAUUGGCAAGAAGCUAUGGACUUUCUUCACAACGUGAUGACACUGAAUCUUGUUUGGAUGGGGUGGUUUUAAUGGGAUUAUUGAUUGUUUCAGAUUUUUUAGGAGCUCUUUGAUGUGUAGUAGUGUGUAUUAAUUAACUAAUCAAAUGUAGUUAUGAUUUGCUAUAAGUCCUAAUCCAGGUGGAGGGAUCUUGUUUUCUUAGCUCUCUUUUCUUUGGUUAGAAUUCUCAGGAUUUUAUUUUUGGGGCCUGUUUUAAUGUUUUAGUACAAUGGUAGAUGAUUUGAUGUAGCAAUGACCAGUGCCAUAUUAAACACUGGACUUGUCUUCCACAUUAUCCAAAUUGUUUGUAUCAAAAUGUUUGUAUUUUUUCAACUUUGACAGCUUGUAAAAUCUUUCACCUGUCGCCCUCGUGUCGGUGAAUAAUUUAAUUUGAGAUGGUUUGACUGGAUUCUAUA